GUUCCUGUUCUCCUUCUUAAGUCCCUCCAAAAAAGCUCAUCUGUGGAUGGGCCACAGCAUUGUCUGGAGGGAGAAGGAGGGAGAACGCCAGCACGGAGCCACGGCAUCACGGCGCUUACUCGGGAUCAAGAUGGAAACAGUCCGUUUCUCACCACCCAGAAGUCCUCGUUUCAGAGAAGAUGCUCAUCAAGCAGAUCAGCGCUCUUUCUAUUUAACCCCAUCUCCGCUCAUUCUUAAGGCCCCAAAAUGUAUGUCACCCACUGGAGGCCGCAACAGUCCACUGGGCCCAAAUGAUUUCUUCCCUGGUCACAAGGAAGGGUCCCAAAAACGCAAAACAAUUCCAUUCAAAGUGGAUGCCCAAGAGUGUGAGCAAAGAAAAGCGGAUGAAGAGGAGGAAAGCAGCGUAGCAAAAACAUCCCACCUCUCCUUCCCGUCUCAACCUACCCCCGCCUCACCUCCACGGCCCAUCCCUAGCAUGAUUGAGUUGAACAUGUUUCAUCGCAGGGCCAUCCAUGUACCUGUGCAGGUGAAAGAGGAGCCUCUCAGUCCGCCCCCCCUGUGGCCUCCACCUCCUUUUCUUAUCCACCCCUCAUACUUGCCGCCUCUCCAUCCCACCCUCCUCCCGUAUCCCUUCUUCAUGCCCGGCCCUGUGAUGCCCUUCCCACCUGGCGCCUUCAACGCCAGGCAGGACGUCAGACCGUCACACCGCAGCCAUGAUGCCCCGCCUCGAGGCAGGCCCAGCAGCACGGAGAAGCCGGGUCCGGAUGUCCAUGUGGACGACAGCUACUACGUGGACGUUGGCGGGGAUCAGAAGCGAUGGAAGUGCCGUAUGUGUGACAAGUCGUACACGUCCAAGUACAACCUGGUCACGCACAUUCUGGGCCACAAGGGCAUCAAGCCCCACGGGUGUCACCUGUGUGGGAAGCUCUUCAAGCAGCUGAGCCACCUGCACACACACCUGCUCACCCACCAGGGCAUGAGGCCACACAAGUGUCAGGUGUGCCACAAGGCCUUCACCCAGACAAGCCAUCUGAAGAGGCACAUGAUGCAGCAUAGCGACGUCAAGCCUUACAGCUGCAGUGUGUGUGCCAGAGGCUUUGCGUACCCCAGUGAGCUUCGUGCCCAUGAGCUGAAACAUGAGAAAGGCCAGGACAAUGUGUGUGUCGAGUGCGGUCUGGACUUCCCUACGCUGGUCCAGCUAAAGAGACACCUGACUGCCCACCGUGGACCCACCUUGUACAGGUGCUCCGAGUGCCAGAAGACUUUCCAGUAUCCGAGUCAGCUGCAGAACCACAUGAUGAAGCACAAAGACAUCCGACCCUACAUCUGCAGUGAGUGCGGGAUGGAGUUCAUCCAGUCACACCACCUCAAGCAGCACACGCUCACUCACAAAGGUGUGAAAGAGCACAAGUGUCGCAUCUGUGGCCGCGAGUUCACACUCCUGGCCAACAUGAAGCGUCACGUGCUCAUCCACACCAACGUGAGGGCCUACCAGUGCAACAAGUGCUUCAAGAGCUUCGUCCAGAAGCAGACGCUGAAGGCCCACAUGAUCGUCCACUCUGACAUCAAACCUUACAAGUGCAAGCUUUGUGGGAAGGAGUUCAACAGGAUGCACAACUUAAUGGGCCACAUGCACCUCCACUCUGACAGCAAGCCCUUCAAAUGUCUCUACUGUCCCAGCAAGUUCACGCUGAAGGGAAACCUCACCAGACACAUGAAGGUGAAACACGGCGUCAUGGACAGAGGGCUGGAUGAAAGAUUAUUCAGACAAAGGGGGCGGUUCUGCCUCUCCUCUCCCAUGAGCCUCCUGGGCCAUUUCAACCAAAAAAAGCCCUUCGAUCUUUCACGGAAGCCCUCAGGUCUGCCCGGUCUUCAUUUUCCCCAGUCUGACGGCGAGAGCAUGCCUGCUAGCUCCUGUCAGGAGGAGGAUGAGGAGAGCUUGUACAGACGCAGCCAGUACAGCCCUGAAGAGGAUCAUGGACAUGGACAUGAGACCUCAGGGGGUCUGGAAGUGAGAGGGCGGGGGUCUCCUGCCGAAUUCAGGCGGGAUGAGACGCACCGGGGGGAGUCAGGUAAAGAGGGACACUUGAAUGCCACAUGGAGACAGGUUGAGCCUCCUUAUGAGGUGGCUCGCAAUGAGUCACAUGACCGCAGUGCUGAUUCAGAGAUGGAAGAUGACACUCAUCGCCACCAUCAGGAGCUUCCAGAAGAAAUGGUGGACAGGAAAGACAAGGCAAAGGAAGACGACGAAGAAGAGUGACAAGAGGGUCGCAGGAUUUGCCGAACGUUUUUGCAUUUGAGAGGAUAUGCAGGAGGGUUUUUUGAGGGUGGAGGGAAAUGUAUGUUCGUUCGUCUUAUUGCAUGCACAUGAAGUGAAGCUGUGAAUAUACAUCUUGUACAUAUCAUUGUAUAAUUCUUCUCAGGAAUUUGCAAAAUACACCAAAAAUGUUAAUAAUUUUACAAAUAAAUCGCAGCUUUUUACACAAUAUCCUCAAAUAAUGGCCUCCGCUCUAAGAAAUGCAGUCACCCAAUUCAUUUGCGUAAAUAAACACCUUUACCUCAAAUAGAACCCUCAGUUGGAAUCGAAGGCAUCACUUGGUGGCUGUGGUUAUUUUUACUACGACUGUUACUCAUAAUAGAUGUCAUUACCACAGAAUACAUCCUGCAGAGCAGACAUGGCAUCUGUAAAGCUGAAGUUUGUGAUAGUGUUUAAAGAAAAAGAAAAUAAACCUGAACAUUGACAACCCCCACCCCACAAAAAAAUACAAAUAGGAUUGGACAGGACAUGAGAGCACCAUAUGAAUAUGCAGAAGUAAUAUAUAUUAACUUAAUUUAGUGUCAUUAUUUAUUUGUGCAGUGCCUUAUCCCUAACACACUUCUGGUACUCUCUAAAUCAGGGGUCACCAACGUGGUGCCCGCGGGCACCAUGUAGCCCCCCACGACCACAUGAGGUGCCCGCAAGCCUGCUUUUCAUUCAGGUUCAGUUAAUAAUGAAAGAACAGUAGAAAGAAAUGCAUUCUGAAAUACAAAAUGUGAGUUGUGGACACCAGCAUUUUGUUCAUGUUCUGGUAAAACAAGCAUAUUCACUUUGUUUGGGUUUAAAAUAAGCUCUGAAAAAAAAUGUUACAAAAAUGAGUAGCUCUUGGCCAUUUUCAUUUAGUAAAAGUAGCUCUCACAAGGAAAAACAUUGGUGACCCCUGCUCUAAAUAAACACCCCAGGCCACCAUAUUAAGUUGUUUUUGAUGUGUUCAAUGUUGUAAAUCACUGUACACAUGAUUGAAAAAAAGCUUUGGCAACAAGUCUGAAAUCAGUGAGUCUAUUUGUCAAAU